AUGAAUUUCAAGUUACUUCUUUUGACCUUCACCUUCGGUGUUUUCGCUACCGAGCCUGAACGACCAUUCUUCUUCUCUUCCCAAUUCGGGAAACCCAACCCAACCAUCACCUUCAAUGACACAAAUGGCACAUCCCAUACUCUCUCCAACAAUUACUGGGAAUCCAACUACGCCGCCAUCCAGGCCAGAUCCAAGCUAGAGACCCGCUUUAGGAUGGGCGGCUUCCUUGACAAGUACAAAAACGUCCGCUAUUACCUCGCCAAGCUUGUGGCUGAAUGCCUAGACAAGAACGGGAACUACAUUUGUACUUGGCUGGAACUGGGCAAAUGUCUCGUCAACCUAGACGAAGAGCUAGCUAUACCAGGCGGCAACUUUCAUGAAUCUUGCACCCAAUGCAACAUCAGAGAAAACGGCCGUUGGUUCAACUGUGGCUGUUGGACCAAGUUACCCAAGGGCACCAUUCAAUGGACCGACAUCAAGGAACGUUUAAAGAGAACGACCAUUGACCUGAACGUUGCCAUUGGAGCCCAAGACGGGUACCUGUACUGUCACGGAAACUGGGGAUCAAAGACGUUUGCAGCGGAAGACCUUCGAAUGAUCCUUUCUCGAUCAAGUGUAAUGACAGUGGCAUGGAGGCGUACUGCUGGCAGUAGAGCGUAUGAUGGGGGUAUUUGCGUAUUAUUCUUCGUUACAUUCGUUUAA